GUAGCCUGUGCAGCGCAUCACCGGUGAGAACAGACUGACUGAGGAGGAUUACCGGGGGCUGGUUUGUCCUCGGCUGCAUUAAAGCUGGAGCUGCAGCAGCUGCACACUCAUCAAAGGCUCUCCUUCUUCUUCUUCUUCUUCUUCUUCUUCGCUCUGCGGCUCCUACCAACGACAGGUCCUUCUGGAUGGUGAAGACAUUUCCAUAUCUUUUCGAACAGCGGGAUCGGUGUCCGCUGAACAUAACGGAACAUAAGACGGACAUACCUCGAAUUUCAGCCGUCAAACGUCGAUCCUCCUCGGGAUGAUCCUCUAAGGAGAAAGCUGCUCAGGAUCCUGCUUGUGUUCUUUCUGAGGCUGCAGUGAACGGAGGGGGGUUGCGGUACAACAAGGUUAAUAAUCAGCAUCAAUAAAGGUCUUUUCUGUGAGCGGGAGCCAACUUCAAAGGGUGAAUCUUGCCCCUGUGUGGGGGGAUCAGCGGAGAAACAUAGAUCUAUAAAAUUAUGGCCACCCUACUGCGGAAAAUCGGUCUGAUCCGCCUGCACGACCGAGACACAGAGGACCCAAAGCACCAUCAGGGCUCGUUAAAAGGUACCAAAGGGAACCAGAAAAACAACACCAACAAACACUGUCAAACCGCCAACGAAGCCAACAUCCUGAGCACCCCGGAGAUUAAGGCGAGGAAGCUGGACCAGCACGGCAAGGACAAGCCGUCCGGCAAGGAUAAACAAGUAAAGGAUGCGAAGGAGAAGCAGCAAACUGGAGGAGGUGUGAGUAAAGCGACCACUGCCUCCUCGAUACCACCGCUGGCGCCUCACCGGCAACACUGCACCCAGGUCCGGACGCGGAGGCUGAUGAAGGAGCUACAGGAGAUCAGGAGGCUAGGGGACAACUUUAUCACGGUGGAGCUGGUUGAGGACAACCUGUAUGACUGGAACGUCAAGCUGCACCAGGUGGACAAGGACUCGGCGCUAUGGCAGGACAUGAAGGAGACGAGCACCGAAUUCAUACUGCUUAACGUCACCUUCCCAGAUAAUUUCCCCUUCUCGCCGCCUUUCAUGCGUGUCCUGACGCCCCGGCUAGAGAACGGCUACGUGCUGGACGGUGGGGCCAUAUGCAUGGAGCUGUUGACCCCCCGCGGAUGGUCCAGCGCUUACACGGUGGAGGCGGUCAUGAGGCAGUUUGCAGCCAGCCUCGUAAAAGGACAGGGGCGUAUAUGUAGGAAAUCAGGGAAGUCCAAGAAAGCUUUCAGCCGUAAAGAAGCCGAGGCUACCUUCAAGUCCCUGGUGAAGACCCACGAGAAGUACGGCUGGGUGUCCCCUCCCGUGUCUGACGGCUGAGCGCUAAGCUGGCUACACUCCAUCGCCCGCGCUAGCUGGACAAAUCCCAGCUAGCCCUGACACGCAAAACGACACACCACGCUAACUCAACAAUCUCUCAUCUUCACCUUCUGCUGUUUCCUUUUUUUCCUGGUUUUGUGUGUCUGUGGUUUCAUGUUUUGGGGAGGGGGGACUGGGGCUUGGCUCUUAUCUUCACCAAAAUGCUAUGAGAGAAGACGCGUCAUCAUCACCGCCACUACUCCACCAAGAAGCAACUUUCCUUCCCCUCCCUCUUUCCCAGGGAAGUUCUUUCCCCUUAUUUCAGAGGGACCUGAGAGAGAAGCGUACGAGUGUGUGCGUGUAUGUGAGUGUGUGUUUGUUACUACAUAGGACAUCAGCUGGGAGUGUGUUCACGUGCAGCGGAGUGUACGUUACUGUCUUACUGUACUGUUUUGUUUUGUUUUGUUUUUGCACAUCCAAGCACAUGCAGUGGGAAAAAUCAGUUAUUGUAGAACUUUCCACCCCAUGUGAAAGACUACUGAAUGAACAAGACUCAUUACUCUCUCCUGACCUCUUCGUCCCUCCUUUUUUCUCUUCAAUAUGCUUCGUUCCCUUCCUCUUUAAAGCACUGAACUAGCGUCACUUCCCUCCGUCUCUCUCUGUAGCUGUCGGUUCAUUUACAUAUAAAUGAAGCCGUUAAUGUUUAAUAGACGGCUGAACACUCACUCACUCCUUCAUUUCCCCCUUUUUUUCAACUGUGCCGUUGCUCACAGUUCAAUGCAACAUGAAGAUUGUAAUUUAAAUGGAGCUGUGCUCUUUCUCUUUCUCUUUCUCUCUAUCACUUCCUUUAGCUUGCUGGUUCACUCUCCCUCCCUCCCUCCCUCCCUCCCUCCCUCCCUCUCUCUCUCUAUCUCACUCUGUCUCUGUGGCUAAAUUUAGAGCUCACUGUUGUGUAGAUGGAUAUUGAUUUCUAAUGAAAUAAGAAAUCACAUGUUGCUUUAUGCAGAGACUAUGUACGAUAAAUAGAAUGACAGUCGGUCACUUCUCUUUCUUUUAUCUCUACUCUCAUGUUAUGGUACGUGUGUAAGUGUGUGUGGCUGUAGAGAGGAACAAGACUUUAAUGCUCAUGAUUUAGAUACCAGAUGGUACAGCUGAAGGCUAGGCCUCUGUUUGUGUAUGUAACAGCCCUUUAAACAGAAAAGAAUAUGAUUUACUGUGAAUGAUACUAAGGCCCAAAGGGAGUGCUGUUUUAUGUUAAAUUACAGUCUCUGUCUUGUCCUACUUCCUAUGUCAGCUCUUUAUUACUACUACUGAUAACACAUGCGUGGUUGUGACUGAAGGUCUACAUGCACACAGCCUCAUCUGUCCCUCUGGUCCAAGUAAAGCCCUAAAGGUCAGUAGAAUAUACGCUUCAGAUGUGUAGCUGUGCUCCAGACAUGUGCACGUAUGCAAGAGCGCCACAGAACACUCACAUGCAACACACACACACAUUUGUGCAUACACCUGCAGCAGCAACCCCUUAGAAUUAAGACAGACAGGGAAAGGCGCGCCGCAAUGGAUGGAGUGGUGCUUUAAAUGAGCAAACGCUUCAGAGCCCAUCUGAUUGAUGUCUGCUAGAGGAGAGGGAAAGGAGAAGAAGGAGCCCGAGGAGAGAAUUGUGGGAGCUUUGAUCACUGAUGGCUGCUUCUUGGAAAUGUCAGGUGGCUUGCACAAAGGCCAAAGAGAGACAUUACCUGUCCAACCUGCUGUGACUAGUUAAACGACACAUCGUUUCUGAAUUCCGACCUUUAAAAGGACUUAUAAAUAUCUAAUAUUAACUCUACAGACUUUCAAUCAAUCAGAAACUCACACAAACCUCAGACUAUCUGUCCGUCAAGUCCAGCGAGCUCUUCCUGUGUUUGUUUUGCUAUCUGCCAGUUAAAUGUCAGUGGGAAAGCUGCUAAUUGGUCUGACAUUUCAGCUGAGCGUCAUUAGAGAAGAGCUGCUGAGAGCAGAAGGAUGGAGGAUGUCAAACCUCCUGCUCGGCACUGACAUUUCGUCACCGCUUCUGCCCCGCUAUUUUAGGGGGAAACAGAAGAGUUGGUUCUGUGAGUUGAGGAGAGGAUGAGAUAACGGAACAGCUCGAUGCCAGUCAGCUCUUAGUUAGCCAAAUAGUAAUCCAAGAGUAGGAUGUUGCAACCUCUGAGCUGGGGCCAACAUGUCGUGAUCUCCCUGUGUGUUGCGUUCGUGGUCUAUGACAACUGUCCACCUGUGUGUGAGUGCAUGUGUGAGCAAAUGUGUUACACUCCCAUCAUAAAAAAAUAGGCAAAAGAAAAAACUGCAACACACCAUCUGGUAUGUGAUCAUGUACAAAAGCGUGUUAGUUCUCUUUGAAUUUGGCUAGUUAUUUCAGGGUCGAUCGUUUAGUGAUCUCUUGGCUGUCAGCUGAGGAAACUGUUAACUGAAUUACUAUUAAGUCAAAAUAUCUCAAAAGAUGAGUGUUUGCUGGUUUCAAGAGAAUAAUUUUGUGAUAUAGUUUAGAUCGGUAGUUUGCAGACACUAACUGGGUGAACUGAUUAUGUUGUAAUAUAUCUGCAUGUGAAAUGUGAUUGGUAGCUAGCUACUGUAUAUCUUUUUUCAAGAAAAGCAAGAAAAAUAUGGGAAAAACAAAAGUGCAAAUGCUUCUCUUAUCUUGGUCUUUUUUUCUGUUUUGGGAUUCUGUAUUGUAUGUAUCUUUUUUUUUUUCUUUCUAAGCGUCCUAAAAGUGUCACAUUAUGUUAUAUGAAUGUUUGUGUUUUAAUUUAUUUGUGGUUUGCCAAAAUGAAGAUUUGAAGCAUGUUGCAGGUAUUGUCACAAGAAAAAGAGAAGAAAAAAAACAUUACUAAGAACUACAGCCUAUGUAUAGUGAGAAGGGGAACAUUUGUUUGUUUGGGGGGAUUUCAGGGAGUAUAAAUGGAAAGGAGUCGGCAAAGCCUCAAGAUUAUAAAGGGAGUAUUUCUUUCAUUAUAGGUUCAUCAAAAUGGAUACAAAUUCCUGUUCUCCUUUGAAUACUUCCUAGUCCCCUCAAUGAUGUCACUGCUGUCCCUUCCCCAUUGGUCCUGCUCUAGAUAGUGAAUUGGCUGAUGGGAAGUGCUGUCAACACAAAGAUCUGGACUGAAAGCUCCCCCAGUCACAGAUCUAGGAUCAGUAUGACCUCCCUGUGCUUCAAAUCUCACUCAUAAAGGGAAUGUGCACAUCUGACCUGUGAUCAGUUACUCUGGGCAACUUCAUCCCACUCCUGACUUGAGUGUUUGGUGAAGACCGAGGUCUUAAAAGUUUAAAAGGUGAAGGUCAAUGCAAGACCAAACAGGAAUGUGCAAUAAAAAGUUACAGCUUAUUCAAACUC